AUCGGAAUCUUUUGACAUCUCCCUAACCUCCAUCUUUUCCGUGCAAAGUUUUACUCGGUGUACACGUGUUGUGAGAAUGGCACCAACAGAAACUGCGAAAAACCCUGUGAAAAAGGGUGCAAAGAAGACCAAUAAGGCGAAAAAUUAUGACUUGGGAUGUGGAAUAAUGCGAUAUUCGCAUUCGCAGAACUUCAAGCGCAAGGCAUUGUUCCGUUUCAAGGGAAAGAAAACACCGAAGGCAACCAAGCCAAAAGUCGCCAUUACGGUGACCAAGAAGAUUGGAGGAGCCAACAAUGGUGGUGAGCGUGUUGUGAAGCUACAAAAGCCCAAGUCCUACUAUCCCACGAAGCCCCGUGUCCAGAAGCGUCCUGCCAGGCGGCUAUUUAGGAAUCAUGUGCGCAAAACACGCAAAUCCAUGGUUCCCGGACGUGUGCUGAUUCUGCUGGCCGGAAGACAUCAGGCUAAGCGUGUGGUGUUGCUGAAGGUGCUGUCAUCGGGAUUGUUGUUGGUGACUGGACCAUACUUCCUCAAUGGAUGCCCAAUGCGUAGAAUUUCCCAGAGAUAUGUCAUUGCCACCAAGACCGUGGUCAAUCUGGGCAAAUUCAAGCUUCCGGAGCACAUCAACGACAAGUACUUCAAGCGUGCCGCCAAGAAGAAGACCCGACGUGCCGAAGGGGACAUUUUUGCGCAGAAGAAGGAGCAGUAUGUGCCGUCAGAGCAGCGCAAGGAGGAUCAGAAGACCGUGGACACCGCUGUUAAGGUGGCUCUGCGAAAGAGGAAGGAUAAGAACCUCAUUGCGCAGUAUCUCAAGGCCCUCUUCCGCCUCCAAUCCUCCCAAUAUCCACACCGUAUGAAGUUCUAAGUGAAUGAUGUAUUUCCUGGAUGAUUAUGGGAAAUAAAGAGAGAUGAAGGGACGCAA